UAUUUCCUCUGAUAGAGGAGAAAGUCCUGAAGGACUUUUCUUCAGUCUAAAUCCUUAGAGAAGUCUCAAUGUGCCUUAUUUUCUGUGGGUCUCUUUGUUCUUCUGUCUCUGUGGAAUAAUUGCUUUUGGAUUGAACUAUUCCUUUUCUCAAGAACAGGAUGACUGGAGAUCUGUUAUUUCUCAAGGAGAAAAAGGGUUCAGUAGCAAAAGCAAACAAAGCCAUAACCUGCAUCUUCAUCAUCAAGCAGAAAGGUGAUCAAGGGGAGAGGGUAUGUGGGGGAGGUGUGAGGGGAGGGGAGGGAUGGCAGCAGAGUAGAGAGACACCCUCGAACAAGUACCCCGACACUUAUACCAACAAAAUCUAUCAACGGUUGGUGAGAAGGCUGAGGAGUUUCUACAGGAAGUCAACUUAAUCUUUCUGAUCACAGUUGAGAUUAUUUCCACUGUCAGAACUCACCCAUUUUAGAGUGGAUCCUCUAUUAACCCAAAUUUGUAUUUUUUUUAAAAAAGAAUCAGUUCCAUUUUUGGUGGGGAUCAUUGAUAUUUUGUCCUUCUAUCUCAAAGAAGACCAUUGAGAGUUUGAGGGAAGGAUGAGUCCUGGAAGAAAAUCACUCUGACUCAAGGAGCUCAAGGGACCUUCAUUUUCACCCGUUUCCAUGGAGCAAAGCUGACUUUUGUGGUCCUUCCUUUUAAGGUCCCAAGGAACGGUGUCAUCCAACAUCUGAAGGGAGACGAGAAUCCGUUGUCCGUUACAUCCAGUAUACCUCCGUUAAGAGGGAUGUGGAAUCCCACAAAGUGGUGAGAUUGAGAAGAGACCUUGCCUUGCGUCCGCCCUGCAGCUGAAUGGCGUGUGCUUCUCCAGCCCCGUGAGGUGUUCAGUGCUCCAGGACUGAUAUUGUUCCUGGGAACCGACUGCGCAAGAUGCUGAAUUCCAUCAAAUGUGUGUUGGUGGGGGACGCAGCGGUGGGGAAAACAGCCCUCCUGGUGCGCUUCACGUCGGAGACGUUCCCCGAGAUGUAUAAGCCCACGGUGUAUGAGAACGCCGGGGUGGACGUCUUCAUGGAUGGCAUCCAGAUCAGCCUGGGCCUUUGGGACACGGCUGGCAACGACGCCUUCAAAAGCAUCCGCCCGCUCUCCUACCAGCAGGCGGACGUGGUGCUCAUGUGCUAUUCUGUGGCCAACCAUAACUCCUUCUUGAGCCUGAGAAACAAAUGGAUAGCUGAGAUACGGAGCAAUUUACCCUGCACACCGGUGCUGGUGGUGGCCACACAGACUGACCAGCGGGAAAUGGGACCCCACAGGGCUUCCUGUAUUAACUCAGUGGAUGGGAAAAGGCUGGCCCAGGAGGUGAAGGCCAAGGGCUACCUGGAGUGCUCGGCUCUUAGCAACCGAGGGGUGCAACAGGUAUUCGAGUGUGCCGUCAGAACUGCAGUGAAUCAUGCUAGGAGAAGGAGUAGGAGGAAGCUCUUCUCCAUGAAUGAGUGCAAGAUCUUUUAAACUGUCAGGAUGGACCAAAUGCCGGGAUCCAUCCCAACCGAAGAGCAUUGACUCCCCUGGGGAUGUGAGGCGGGCCUUGUGCAUCCACGCUGGUAUUUUGUACAGACUACUGUUCUCCUGGACAAUGCUAGAAACCUUGGCCAUUAGGUCUUUUACUAAAGCACGUCCCCUACAGGAACCAUUUUUGAUGAUUUCAUCUAAUCAGAGAAUGUUCCAGGGAUCUUAAGUAUAUGUUUUUUCUGUUUGUUUGUUUUUAUAUUUCUCAUUCUUUUAUUUAAUGAUUCAAGGACUCCGGAUUUUGCUAGAGACUGCUAUAAUUUGGGAGACUGAACUGAGUUUUUCACAGAACUCCAUAUUUAAAGACCAUUUUAUUUAAAAACAAAAACAAAGCAAAAACAUUUAGCUUUUGCAUGUAGCUCAUUUCCACACUUGGUAAUCCCCCUCCCUCUGACUUAAUCACCAACACAAACUGCUAAAAAAAAUACUAAAUAGCUUCUUGGAAAUUGUCCAUAUGUUAGAUUUGUUUUUUCUUUAUGUCACAGGAAUUUUGUUGAAACUCCUUACCAACUGUGUGUGUUUUUAAAAAACCAGGUAAUUAAAUUCAAAAGAGCAAUGAACUAAUUAUAACAUCCAAUUUCCCAGGCACCUAUCUCGGUUUGAAUUUUCAUAACAAAAUAUAGUUGAAUUUUCUUGAAAGCUUUCAAAAUGUUUUAUAUUUAGGAACCAAUAAGUUUAGAAACCAAAGCUGUCACUUCUAUUCCUUAGUACAUUUUUAAAAAAAUUAUGCAUAACACAGUGCUGUUUGUCAUCAAAGUAAGUGCCUUGCACAAAGAAGGUACUUAAUAAAUGUUUGUUGAGUCUAUGAAUUUCCAGUUAUUCUCCAAGUGUAAUCAUCAGGACAGCCCCCAAAAGAAAAUAUUUACCCUUUUUUUUUUCUAGAGGAAGGAACUAUGACAUUUAAGGACCUCACAGGAAACAGGCCUCCCCUGAUACCUGUUAACUGUUUACUACACUUUUCUCCCCCUGAGUGUUUUCAGUUCUUUGUGUGCUGAUGAGUUAUUACAAUGAUAUUUAGCACAAAUUUAUUUUUCAUCGGAGAUCUCUCCUUGAGCACUCAAGGACUACAAAAGCAUUUCAAGAUAUUGGGAAGAACUUUAUGAUUUUUUUUAUGCUCUCCACAUUGUUGUUUUCCUUCAAGAUUUAGCAAUAUAGGGACUUCGGGGCAGUAUUCAAGUGAAAAUGCCACAAAUUGGCACGGCAGUACCAGUGAGUAGGUACAAGAAAGCUGGAAAACAUUUAGCUGGUUGGGCUACAAGGUAAAGUUACCUAGGGAGAUGGAGGACAGCCAGGAAAAAAAAAAUAACAUCCUAUCUAGUGGCUAUGGUGCUGAAAGAGUUAACAGUUUAAGUUGAGGGUGACUCUUGUGUUGUGUAAGCAACAAAUAUAUGAAGGCGAGUGGGUGUUUACCCAGUUCUCCUCAAAUAAAACAUAUGUCCAAGUGAAUCCCUUGUGCAUUUAAUAAUGGUCAGAAUCAUGUGCUAUGUGGUAAUUAGAUAUCAUAAUAAGCUGUUCAUAAUAAGCAUGUAAUAAGCUAUAAUAAGCAUGGCUUUUACACAGUCAAUAUUUUUUGUUUUGCUAUUCCUUUGAUGUCUAUGAUCAGCAAAUGUUCAGUUUGUCUUGAUGGGACUCCGCCAGCUUGACAUAUAGUAAGCACUUAAUAAAUGCUUUUUUCAUUCA